UUCUAGAGUGAAGUUUCUUCUCUCAUGUUCCUGUAGCAGCCGCAGGGGCUUGGGAGACACGUUUGGGAAACGUGAUAACAUUUUUCGAAUUGGGGCUCGUCUCUUUAGAUAAGGGUUCGGCAACGCCGAUGCAGAUUGUCACGAUGAUGGUUUUUUUUUUUUCCUUUACAGCAAACCCUCCUCUUGCUCCCUUGCCUGGGAUGGAGAUUUCUUCUCACCAGUCUCACCUCCUGGAGCAGCUGAACGAACAGCGGAAGCAGGACUUGUUCUGCGACUGCAACAUCCUGGUGGAGGGAAAGGUCUUCAAAGCCCAUCGCAAUGUGCUGUUUGCCAGCAGCGGCUACUUCAAAAUGCUCCUUUCACAGAGCUCGAAGGAGACGAGUGGGCCAACAAUAGCUACGUUCGAGGUCUUCUCUCCAGAGACGUUCAUGGUUAUCCUGGACUUUGUGUAUUCAGGGAUAUUGUCUUUAACCGGUCAGAAUGUCAUCGAGGUGAUGUCAGCUGCCAGCUACCUGCAGAUGACAGAUAUUCUCAAUGUCUGCAAGACCUUCAUCAAGUCCUCCCUGGAUAUUAAUGAAAAGGAGAAGGAUCAUUACCUCAGCCUCUCGGCCAAAAGCACGAGCACUGAGCCUGCCCGUCCCGCCCUUUAUCGCUCCAGGAGGAAAGCAAAGAGCAACCCCCGGCGUUCCUACUCCAUCCCGGAUGAAAAGCCCGGCGUGAACGAAAACUCCUGGAGCGGCUACGGCAGCUACCUGUCCUCGCAGGUGAUUCUGCAGCGGGCAGAGACCCAGCUGUCGAAAAGAGGCAGAAAACAGGGCUCGGGGAGGAAGCGCCGGAAGCACCUGGGCCUGUCCCAGAGCCGGGAUUUGGGACAGGGCAAACCGGACAGAGCCGGCGCCUCGGAUUGCAGCCCCAUCUCCAGGGUCGGGGAGGAGGCCGAGUUCGAUGCAGAGAACGACGUGGGUGGAGAUGAUUACGGGUGUCACCGCGGCUCGGAGGCGGCACCCAAGAGAUGGUCUGUUACCCAGCUAGAGCAAGAACUUUCCAGAACUCCCGAGUUUGUGGAGUUAAAGGCAGAAGAACUGUACACCUCGAUGCCCACAAUUUUGGGUGUAAUGAGUAGUUGGAACGAAGGUGACCUGCCCCGCAUGCGCUUCAAGUGCCCGUUCUGCACUCACACCGUCAAGCGCCGCGCGGACCUGAAGCGGCACCUGCGGUGCCACACCGGGGAGCGGCCGUACCCCUGCGAGGCCUGCGGCAAGAGGUUCACCCGCCUGGAGCACCUGCGCAACCACUUCCAAACGAUCCACCAGGCCGGCAAACUGAUCUGCAGGAAGUGCAAGCGCCACGUGACGGAGCUGACGGGCUGCGUGGUCCAGCAAGGGACACGGCGCUACAGACUGUGCCACAAGUGCUUGGCAGAAGCCAGUUUCGACAGCAGCACCCCCGAGGAUUUCGAUGCAGGACAUUCCCCCGUCUCCUCCUCAGCGGGGAACAAACGCCCCAAAUGGGCUCUGGAGGAGGAGGAGGAGGAGGAGCAGAAAUCAGAUGAAGAGACAGCGGAGGAGGAGCCGUAUAAUCUGGUUGUCCGACACACUAAUGAUGAUGUUCCAGAUGAGGUAGAGGAAAAGGUGAAACCAAAUCUUAGACAUGGAACAGUGUAACUGCUUCUAAAUGUCAUCCAGAAAGUACUGAGAAUCAUAAGAUAUCCUGAGUUGGAAGGGACCCACAAGGAUCAUCACAGUUCAUCUCCUCACUUAUUAUCUGGAAACUAUUUAGAAGAAUUGGUUUAUAUUUCAUCAAGGACUUGCUCUGAGCUCCUGCUCACAGUGAAAGCAGGAACCAACCUACAGUUCUACAAAGGUUCUGUGUGAUGCAGAUUUUUUACAAAGCAAAGAUUGCAAACUUGCUUUGAGAAAGUCUUACUGAAGUGAGCAGCCAAGAAACGUUGAAACACCUUUUCUUUUUGCUGGCAUUGUAAUUAACUUGUACAUACACUUCAAAAACUUCCUAAGAAAGGAGCAAAGGAAACAAGUGGAAUUCUUCCUGCUGAAGAACAUAUUGACCAGAGCUUUGGGUUUUUGUUUUUUGUGGUUGUUUUUUUUUUUUUUUUUUUUAGUGAACUUAACUGCUUCUUAGAGUUGAGAAAAGCAUGAUUAAAGAAUUCUCACAGCCAGAGUAGAGUAGUGACCAGAGCAUAUGUAGUGCACUUGGGUAGCAUGACUUUGCCUCUUUUGUACUGUGAAUUUUAUAGAAAGAUACACCAACGUGGUUCCAAGGAAAUAAAAGUGCAAUCACUGGAA